UAUAUUACUUACUCUAUGAUGUCAACUGUCAAUUCAACAAUCAACUCAUCUGAUCUUGGAAAUUGUGUUGUGGGACGUUUAAAAUCUGCUUUUUACCUAGAAUUUUGCUGUUAGUUGAAAAUUGUACAGGUUAAAAUUCACCACCAUGAACUUAAAAAUUGGUUUUAUCGGAGGAGGAAAUAUGUCUACGGCAAUAUUUCGUGGUAUAAUGAAAAGUAAUGGACACCCUCCAUCAGAAAUAUGGGUGUCGGGACCAAAUUUAUCCAAUCUCAAACAUUGGAGUGACUCAGGUGCUCACAUCACCACACGCAAUGAUGAAAUAUUUAAUAACUGUGAUAUAGUUUUUCUAGGUGUAAAACCUGAUAAGCUACAUGUAGCUAUUAGUCAAUGUCAAAAUAAUGCAAAAAAAAAUACUGAGAGAAAUGUCCUCUUUGUAUCGAUGUUGGGUGGCAUCACUAUUAAGACUUUACACCAAGCCUUAAGGACAUUGGAUAAUUAUGCAAAUGUAAGUGUAGUGAGAAUAAUGCCCAACACGCCUAUGGAGGUUGGUACAGGUGUGUGUCUUUACUCUCAUGAUGACAUUGCUACAGAAGAGCAGUGUACUGUGCUAAGAAAGCUAUUAAGCUGUUGCGGGCUCUUUGAAAAUAUUCCUGAAUCUCUUAUGAACUCAUUGGGAAUUCUCACUGCAUGUGGCCCUGCAUUUAUGUAUAUUGUGAUAGAAUCCUUAGCAGAUGGAGCUGUAAAACUCGGUGUUCCAAGAGCAAUGGCUCUACGUCACGCGUCACAAGUGGUAGCGGGCAGUGGUCAGAUGGUAUUGCAGUCUGGAAAACAUCCUGGAUUGCUUAAAGACGAAGUUUGCUCACCAGGUGGCUCUACCAUAUGUGGUGUCAGUGAACUUGAAAAUGGAAGGCUAAGGGCUACAUUAAUAGCGGCUUUGGAGGCAGCAUCUCAAAAAACUAAAAAUGUUGGUGAAAAUAAAAGUACGAGUAAACAUUAAAAAACUCAUACUAUAACAAUUUUAGAAUGCUUCACUGAUUUUACAUAGCAUUUAAUUUAUAUGAGUCUCAAGCAUAGGUGGUUCAAAUAAUAUAUUAGUAUAUAAAUAAAAAACAACACUCAUACUUAUUAAGCAAACAAUGCGACACUGAUUAAGGUUAAAUGUAGCGCAAGAUUCGAUCUGCUUUAUGAAAUUAGACACAUUAUUAGUAAGUGUUUAAUGCAUAACCGUUUUCAGGUUUAAUGCUUUUAUUUACAUGAUGUAUAUCAAAUUUGGCUAAGCUUAUUUUGAUUUUUUUUCGAUUUACAAAUAAAAUUCUUUGUAGCACAAGCUCACUGUUGAUGUAUAUGUUAGUAUUAAAACAUAUUUGGUUAUGUAACCUUUAUGUAUAAAAAAUUCCUAGAAAGAAUUUUUUCUUAUCUUAAAUCAUGACAUUAAGCACAAGGAUAUAUUAUUUAGGAUUUUUGUCUUAAUAACACAUUUAAAAGAAACUUCAAGUAUUAUUUAAGACAUUCACUUAGUAUUUAUAAUAACUUAUAUAUUAUUAUCUUAACAUUGUAAUGACUUAAAGUCUAUCUUAAGAUAUUAAUUGCAAAACGGCACACAAAGUACAAGCCGUAAAAUCUUUAUUUAUAUUUUAUGUUUUAUAAGUACAUAGUACAUGUUCCUAGAAGUGAUAAACGUCUGUAUAUUAUUAAACUUGAAGACUGUGUUUCCAGUAUUUAUAUUUAAUUUAUGGUUAAGAUUAUUUAUUUUGUUUGAAUUUUUUUUAUUAAUUUAUUUUUGUAAACCGUGUAAAUUUCGUUGUCUUAUUUGCUGUGAUUAUCUCAUUUACAGAGUAAAAUUUUCGGUUUGUUCUUAUUUAAGUUGGCCUUGAAAAUGAACUCAAUAUCUUCCUAUUAGUGAAAUAAAUAAAAAUCAGUAUGUUUAAGUAGUACUUCCUGAGACAAGUGUCUUCAAACAAACAAACAAACUCUUCAGUAUUAUAUAUUAGUAUAGAUUUUAUUAUGAUUUUAUGUGUGUGGAUGGAUGGCGAACGCAGUAGCAUACCAAACAAUACUUUGAAAUUCAAGGUGUUGGAUGGUGUUUCCACUGUUUAUGGGCGGUCGUAUUGUUUAUCAUCAGGCGAACGGUAAGUUCGUCUUGUCAUUAAGAGGAAAUGAAAAAAAAAAUAUUGAGGUCUUGUCGAAGGAAAAAUUCCUGCGUAUGUACUUAUUUAUAACUUUUGAAAUACUCACGGUCGUCGCUGCCCAUUGAAAUACCAACCAGAGGAUUUCUGUGUAUUUUAUUCCGCCUGCCGAAGAUGCAUGACGCUUCUUGUCUUGACACUGUGUUCUGGCUUCACUACGAUUUCAAAACCCAUACUUCUUAAUUUGUGUGCAUUCAAAAAUAAAAGUUCAUAGAAAAA